AUGAGUGAAAAGCGAGAAUGGACGAACGAAGCUUGGAAAAAUGACAAUAACGUAGGAAAAAUGGAACCCAACGACACCAAUUUCUCUGAAUACGACAAUUCGAGGAAAAGCUCGCUUCAAUUGGAUUUGCCAAAUUACUCAGAAGUUUGUUAUAACAGUGGAGAGGACUUGGAAAAGGGUUUGUUUACACGCUUCCCUCCUUCCUACAAUCAACUUCAAAUGAGUAGCAGAGUCGAAUCCGAUAGUAAUCAAAAUCAUGCGAAUGAAGUGCGUGAACGCAUGGCAGAACCCGUGCCAGACAGAUCAUGGGGAAGCUGUAUCCUCGAUUGCAUCUGCAUGCCGGUUUCAAGUUCAUUUAUGAGUGAAAAGCGAGAAUGGACGAACGAAGCUUGGAAAAAUGACAAUAACGUAGGAAAAAUGGAACCCAACGACACCAAUUUCUCUGAAUACGACAAUUCGAGGAAAAGCUCGCUUCACUUGGAUUUGCCAAGUUACUCAGAAGUUUGUUAUAACAGUGGAGAUGAUUUGGAGAAGGGUUUGUUUACACCUAUUCCUCCUACUUAUAAACAACUUCAAAUGAGUAACAGAGACGAAUAUGAUGAUAAUCAAGUCCAUACGGAUGAAGCUCAUGGACGCAUGGCAGAACCCGUGCCAGACAGAUCAUGGGGAAGCUGUAUCCUCGAUUGCAUCUGCAUGCCGGUACGUCCCCGAUUAGCACCAGCGGGCACAUUGAAAGAAGCAGGAUAUUUUCGAUGUUUUAUGUGUUAUCUUUAUACGUCUGCUUUUAUUUUCUAUUUACUUUUCAAAUAUUCUGAUAAAUUGUCAGAGUUUAUAAAGGAUUCAUCUUUGUCUAAGGAAAUUGCUUUACCUUUGCUUGGUGGAUUGAUUUUAGUUUUAUUUUUUAUUUCCGCUGUAAUAAUUUCUCUUGUGUUGGACAUCAUCGUUUGGUGUAUAUCUAUGGUUCCAGAUUUGGCUGCGUUUCUCUUAGGAAGAGUAUUUCCGUACUUCUGGAGAAAAUUUAUACUGCCUUUGACAAUCAUUUUCGGUUAUACAACUAAUCAAAGCUUUGGGAUUGAUUCAGAUUCAACAAAUACCGUUGAACUUGACGAGCUAGAAGCUAGUGUUGAGACUCCAACAUCUGCACCUAACAAUGUUGAAGUGUCAAGUUCUCCUCUUGGGAAAAGCCCUACCAAAGCAAAUCAUUCAAAAAAGUCUGUUGGGCAUUCUGCAAGAGAGCAAGAAAUAGAGUUGCAAACUUUUGGAGACACAGGUUCUCCGAGUUUGAACGAUCAUACAAAGUAAUGUUUUUAUGCUAUGCCCAUUUUAUUGAAUGGUUGUUAUUGUCAGCGUGUCAGUGUCCAUUUGAGAUUGAGAUUGAGAUGUCUUACGAGCAGAGACAUGCUUAAUUUGUUUCCGUAGAAACUCGGGAUUGUUAGCUAGCCUGGCCCUUAUUAGCAACUAACUUUCCUGUUGUUUUUGGUGCUUGUUUCCAGUCAUCUCUGCUUCCUCCUUUUUCAUGAAAGUUGUUUAAAAUAUCAAUACAACAUAUUGUUUUCUAUAAGCUUUGACCGAAAGGUGAAAUCGUAGUUUAUGAUGGUGAGUUUGUCCAAAAGUAACACAAUAACCAAGGAUUCUAUUGAAACUGCAAAAUCAUGAAUUUGUUACUUUUCAUUUGAAGAAUUGAUUUAAAGGUGCUAAAAAUGUAUAUCCGUUUUAAAACACCUUUGACUUUGUUCCUUAAUCUAUAAAUGCUGCUUUUUCCUCUGCACUUUACCCAAAAAAAAAAAGUUUCGAUUGGAACAGUAAAAACUAAAUCUGCCAAUUGACAUGCAACCUAUGAGAUUAACGGUUCACGAGAAAUAAACCUAUCAGAAUCAAGAAAUCAAAAAAAAAAGUCUGAUGAGAGAACAAAAGAUGAUUACCAUUUCAAAAACACCGUAUACCAAUCAUGAAUACCGAAUAUCGAUAUGAGAUAUAGGAAUUAUGAUGACCAUCAGGAGUUUGACAAAUAAAAUAGAUUGCGUAAUCUAUAUCAAAAGACCUAUAUAAGCUGUUUGUCUACAGUCAGAAUCUUCAGAUUGAAAGAUUCGACUAGUGUGGAUAAUGAACAUCAUCUACAAACUUUCAUUUAGUUUACCAGAUCCUGGACGUUAUAGCUCCUAAAUAUGUAAUACAACCAAGUGCAAUUCAAAAAAGUAUACAAC